AUGGCGUCGAUUUUCGACUGUGUGGGAGACUGUACGCUAUGCCUCCCGAGCGGCAACAGCACACACGUUGACGACCCUGCCACCCCCAGCAGACGGAGAUGGGAGCAGGAGAGAGAGGCCGAGUAUGGCCAUUCGUAUGCCUCCAGCGGGCAUUCUUCCGGACAGCGGCGCCCGCCGCGAUUGUUCCGGUCGGACACCGGGCAGGAGACGUGCGGCUCGUCCGACUCGGGGUUCUGCGGCGGGGACUACAACUACUACUACCAUUCCCACAGCAACAUGUUCGACACCAGCGCCAACCGCUACCGCCCCCCGACCCCUCCCCGCGAGAGACGCGCCUCCAGGCGCCAGCCCGGAAGAGCGGCGGCGGCGGCAGCGGCGGCCGCGGCGGCAGCAGCCCCGCGGUCGUUGUCCUCACCGCCGCGCGUGCGGCCCAUCUCCUCGAGGUCCCCGCUUGCUAGGAUGACGGUGGCGGUGGCGGAAGCGACGUCGGAAGCGGAGGCGGCGGCGGGCGCGAUGAAGUUGUCCUCCUUGUCGCCGGUAGGCGGCAUCAAGAGGUCCGCGGCGAGAGCACCUUUUGCGGGAUUUUUCGCGGACUCUCAAGUUAGAGCGGGAGGCAACGACCGCGGAGCGGAAAGGGUGUCACUCGCCGCUUCGAUCGAAGCGGGAAUGGCAGCAGCAGCAGCGGCGGGGGUGGGGGCGGGGGCGGGGGCGGGGGCGGCAACAAUGGCGAUGGCCGCCCCGUCCCCGUCCGACGGCCCCCACGAGGACGCAAGGCAAGCCACGGCUGCAGAGAUAAUGGAGUCGAUCGCUUCGCUGCUGUCGGCUAGGCCGAUGACGGCCGUAAGGGCGGCGAUGCAGGCGCGCAUCGACGGCGAGCUCCGACGCCGUCACCGCUCGCCUCUGGCGGCGACGGCGGGGUACCGCUCGAACCGAGGUGCACCAGGAACCGACCGCGCGGAACACUCGGGAGAUAGCGCCCGGACGAUGGUGGUGGCGGUGGCAACCCCAGUCGCCGUCCCUUCCAGCGGCACCUACGGCGGCGAUCAGGUCGAUAGCGGCGGCGGCGGCGGUGACCAGGAGGAGGAGAACUGCCGCGCCGCCGCUCGCCGCGCGGCAACGGCCGCCGCAGCCUUCGUGGCGUCACGGAACGGCUUCAGCAGCAGCGGCGGCGGCAGCGAUAGCAGCGUCAGCAGAGGGCAAGAAGAGAUGGCCAGCACGAGACAAGAAGAAGAAGAACACUGCCGCGCGGUGCAGGCUCUGGCCAUCGACGUGGCGCGGUCCUUAUCGUGGACCACCGGCGCCGCCGCCGCCGCGGCCGCCGCCUCCCCGGUGCUUGAGCUCCCGGUCCUCCGCACACACGCGAGGCGCCCGUCGCAGUCGAGCUACGGCGACAGCGGCAACGAGGACGGGGCCGGAAGCCACAGGGACAACACGGACCUGGUGUAUCUGUCCGAAGUGUCCGACUCGGACUUGUCUGCGAUCCUCACGGCCUCCUUAUCGGGCAUGCCCUUCAACGACGCGGUGUUUGGAAGCGGCGACGGGAACGUCGAUGUCGGGGGCGAUGUAGCAGAUUGCAGCCCCGGAGGGAAGGUGUGGGCGGCGACGACCUUUCCCAGAGAGAACACCGAGGUCGCGGAGGAUAUCAGGGUGGUGGCGGCGGCGGCGUUGGAAAAGGAGGGGGAAGAGGAGGAAGAAAAGGUCGACCCGGCCGUGCUCAGCAGCGGAACGAGCACUGACACCGACGGCAGCGUUGACCACCAACGGCGAGGGGGUGAGGUCUCCCCUGCUGACAGCGCGGGGUCUGGCACAACUUGGAGACGGGACGGUGACGUGCUGAUUCGGAACAGAGACAAGAAGGAUCGGGCUAGCGUGAACGUUAUCGAGGCCAUAGCUAGCGGAGCCAAGUGCCUGGAGACUGCACCCUGCAAACGCGAUGCUGCUGGUGACGGUGCCAACAGCAACCAGGGGCUAGACCUGGGUCAGGAUGGGGGCAGCAACGGCUCGGGCUCACCCGCGAAGACGUGCGUCAUGGCCCACUUCCGAAACCUGCGUCUGUCGUCGGAUGGGGAGGAGAUGACCAUCGUCACCGACCACCAAGAGGAGGACGGGACAGCAGUGCAGCAGCACCACAAGUUCGCCCUGGCUGAUCUUCUCGAGGUGGAUAAAGACUUGACGGGAAGAACCGUCACCCUCGUGGGACGUUCCGCGAAGAUCUGCAUCUCCUUCGAGGGGCACGCCUCCGCCCUCCGGUACUUCACCGAGAUGCUGCUGGGCCCCCCGCCGCCGCCACCGUCUCCGCAAGCACUAGUACCGACAUCGACAAUGGUAGCGGCAACCUCGGAGUGCGGGGGCGGGGGCGGGGGCGGGCAACGCUUGGAGGUCGUCGUCGAUGGGGACGAUGGCGACGACGGGCCCAUCGCGCAUCCGGUACAGGAUCAUGAUGGACAUGCCUCGAGCGACUAUAGCUACGCGACCGGUGUCAGCGGCGCGACGAGAACAAACAGUGGGGGCACUCAUCACUACGACGACCGCAGCAGCAAGUACAAGAACAAGACCGGCGGCAACACGAGCCCCAUAAGCGUCUUGGGUUCUUCGUUGGCGAGGCAGCUAGGGUGGGAGAAGCCUGCUAGAUGCGAGGGAGAUGAACCGGCAGCCACGAACUAACACCGCGGCUGCCAGUAGGAAUGGGAUGGAGAAGAGAUGAUACGGGACGGGACCAUGAGAUAAAACGGGACGGAAGAAAGAGGCCUGGUGGAUGGUGUGGUACAGAGUAGAGGCGUCCCCUGUCGUUUGUGGCAGGGGUGGGGAGGGGGUGCGGUUGUCGCAGUGCUACCCAGUUGGCUUGAGACGCCAUCAACGGCGAGCGGAGCGUGCUUUUCCAAGAGCCUAAUCCGAUUUUUAUCUUGAGCUCCUCUGAACUUCGGCGGCGUGCGCGUCUGCACGGUAUAUUUUUGUGCAAUAUAUUGCCUGGCGUCGCCUUUACUCGGGGCGUUCAUUGUUCAUUCGGGCUGAGAAUGAUACUGCGGCAGUCAUAACGUAACGAGUACGCUUCGUGCCUGAGCUUACUUUUAACCUGGAGUGUGAUGAUGAUGAUGAUGGUGAUGAUGAUGUCGAUUAUAUACUUUUUUAUCAGCGUUUCGAGCAUUUGGGAGUUUUCCAUGUAUGUUAGGUUGGCCUGCGUUCCCCGGGCUGGUCGCCGAGGGGAUGGAAUUACCGUAUCCCCGUGCAUGCAGAGAGAAACAAAGGCGACCGAAGGCCGCAGGUGGUUUUGAUGCCGACGCCCUGUAGGGCGUUGGAAAUUUCUCACGGAACAUCUAUCCACCAACGAGAUGAGUGUUUUUUUUGUACUACAAUUGGCCGGUGCCCGGAAAUGUGUUUACUUGUUUCGAAAGCUUAACACCCGUAACUAGUAGACGUUCUUGGCUCUAUCAAGAAUUAUCGUGUCGUCGAUAUCUAUUUGCCUACGAAGCAGGCGGUGGUGGUGGUAUGUGCGUGUUUUAUGUGCCCACUCAAGCUUGUUGCCGGUCGCUCUGUAUUGUUGUGAGGACCAGCAGCGCAGAGAGGAGAAAUGUCCAUCCAUUCGUGUUUGGUAUAUACCACUCGUCGUCAUGUGUCUUUACGUAAACUCGUUGCCUUGCGCGUUGCAUUGAUAUGCCUCACUGAUUGAUUGUUUGUUUUCAUCUCUGGUCUCUUGUCUGAUGUCUCUUUCUCGGCAAGCUAGCUGCGGCGCUCUGGUUGAGAUGGUCAUGGCAUCCUUGACAUUGGCUUCUAGGUGUUGUUCAACGAUGAUACAAAAUU